ACAUCCAGGCUGUGAGGGGGAAGGUGAAGAGGAUGAAGACCACGGACAACACGGUCAGCACCGCCCCGACGAUCUCCAUCACGCCGCCACUCCUCCUCCCUCCAUCUGCCGUAAUCAGAGGCAGCAGCAAGCUUCUGGACUUCUAUGGCGCCUGGAUCACAUCUCAGGGGGAGUGCAGAGCUGCUGUUUUUAGAAAUGAAGCUGUUGUGAGGCGUGUUUGGUGUUUGUGGUGGAUGUCUGUCAGUUGCAGUCUCUCCUCACCAUGGCAGCAGCUCUGCCGGUAUGUUACCACGGCAGCAUCACCAGAACGGAGUGUGAGGAGCUGCUGGGAAAAAAGAACAAGGAUGGAGCCUACUUGAUCCGCGACAGCGAGACCAUCCAGGGAGCCAUGUGUCUGUGUGUUUAUAAACAGAGGGUGGUGUAUACCUACAGACUGCUGCAGACACACACUGGACAAUAUACUCUCCUGACAGCAGGAGGUAUGAAUGAGACUUAUUUUAAGUCUUUGGACGAUCUGAUCCGUCACUAUAAAAGGAAGAACCAGGGCCUGGCCAUGCACCUGCGCCACUCUGUCAAAAGGAAGACGGCCAUGCUGUUCCGAAAAACUCAUGACUCAGCUGGGUCACAGAGGAGGCCUGUACCUGAAGAGGAACAUGACUAUGAAAAUGCUCCUGAAUCAUCUGAUUACGUUGAAGUCUUGCCUGACACAUGAGGAGAGAGGAAAAGGCAUUUUGUCUGAACUACGGGCAUUUAAAAAGGUUCACAGACUGGAUCAAAUUCAAAAUAAUGAAUAAGUGACUUGAUCAAAUGGGCACAUGCUGAAGAACACAGCUCUUCAUCUGCUUGUAUUUCUUUACUAAUAAGUGUAAAUGUGGGUUAGUCCACCACUGUGGUCCAGACUGAAAUAUCUCAACAACUACUGGAUGAGUUACCAUGACAUGUGGUUCAGACAUUUAUGAUCCCCAGAGGAUUGUAAUCACUUUGUUGAUCCUUUAACUCUUUGUCUAGCUCCAAUAUCUGUCAAAUAUUUUGUUUUGUGAUUUACAAAACUCAUUUUUUUAUACAGUAAACAGUAUACCUACUUAGCAUCAGCAUGUUGUUAACAUUCGUUGUGUGCAUGUGAACAUGCUAAUGUUAGCAUCAGUGGUGGAAGAAGUUUUCAGAUCUUUUGUACUGAAGGGUCAGCUCACCCCCAAACCAAAAUACAUAUUUUCUCUUA